AUGCAGCUAGCCCUCGACGAAGCUCGCAAGUCUCCUCCCAAACCAACCAACUUCUGCGUGGGUGCUUGUCUCGUGGCGCCACAUACCCCAGACGGUCGGGAUGAACAACUACUAGCAACGGGAUACACACUCGAAUGUUCGGGCAACACGCAUGCCGAGCAAUGCUGCUUCAUCAAGCUCGCUCAGCGGUACAGUUGUGAUGAGCAACACGUGGGCCAACAUUUGCCGUCUCAUACUGUGCUGUAUACAACUAUGGAACCCUGCAACAAACGCAGUGUAGGGAACUUACCUUGUGUCGACCGUAUCUUGAUGCUGAAGACUAGUGAUGGUAUGCAAGCGAUCGGUAAGGUGUACGUGGGCGUCAGCGAGCCGGAUACGUUUGUGGGUGUUAAUGAGGGCAAGAAGAAACUUGUGCAGGCUGGCAUUGAGGUGGUGCAUGUGCCCGGACUUGAGGAGGAGAUCUUGGCCGUUGCUAGAUCUGGGCAUCCGAAGGAAGGAGCUUCCGAGCAGCAUCAGCUACCAGUUUCUUCAGGCGGUUGA